UCACCAAAUUCGUAGUUAGAGAAGUAGGGUCAAUCCUCUUCACAGAAUUUAACUUCUCGUUAGUAGGAUGAAUCUCACUUCACUCGAGGAAAAGCCUCAAACUUUCAAUUCCUGUUGCAGGAACGUCCUGACAGCUAACUUUUGUGUUACGAGCUACUUAAUUAGCAGAGAAGUUUGAGCAUAAGUGAAACGGCGAGUUUUGAAAUUAUUUAAACGGAGCGUUUUGGCUACAACAGAAAUGUCCACGUACUUGUUUACAGUUUCUUUAAUAAUUGCAUGUAUUGCAUGGUAGCGUUUUUCAAGGAAAAAUACAGUAACAAAUUAUUUGUUCUCUCUCUCUUAUCUUCUUCUUCCAAUUUCUCCUACUCUAUUCCUCUGUUCUUAACUCAAAAUUUAGUCCCGCAACAAAGGUAUCAGAGCCAUUCUCGAUCCCUUCCAUGGCUGGUGACGGAGUUUCUACAAGGUUACAGAAGGAGGUGGGCGGUAUGCAGCAAGAGAUUUCCAAGAUUCAUGAGGAGAUCACUCGGGUGGAAACAAAGUUGGAACAGCGGCUACAGGAUUUUAAAACUGAGUUUCAAGGAGAUCUUCAAGUUUUGCUGAGUCAGUACUUUGGACCACCACCAGUAGGAUCAUCGGCAAAUGUCUCCGGAGACAAAGGCAAGGGUGUUUUGGGAGCUCCUCCAGGUUUCGGCCCUAAGAACAGGGAUUUUCCUCCGAUGCAGGCAGAAACUGUAAUCCCAAAUGGGGGCAGUGAACAAGUGAAAGAUUCAUCUCAUAUAGCUGGGGUUUCUAUUAAUCACAGUCGAUUAGAGUGUCCCAAGUUUGAUGGCACCGAUUUCAGGGGGUGGUGGACUAAGUUGGAGCAGUAUUUUGAAGCAGAAGAGAUACAUGAUGCUAGCAAAGUUCGCGUGGUAAUAUUAAACUUGGAGGGCCGAGCGUUAGAGUGGCAUCACUUUUAUUCUCAACGCAAUGGUGGGUUGCAAAGGUUAGCAUGGCCAGCAUAUAUUAGGAGUCUCCAGGACCGUUUUGGGUGUGGAACGUUUGGGGACCCGAUGAGGGAAUUGGUCAACUUAAAGCAACAAGGUACGGUUGAGCAGUUUCAAGACCUUUUUGUAGGUUUACUUAAUCAAUUGCACCUACCUGAAUCAUAUGCUCUCAGUAUAUUUCUGGGAAAUUUGAAAUCAGAAAUAGGCCAUUAUUUAGACUUAUUUACACCAUCGACCCUGAUGGAAGCCUUUCAAUUGGCUAAAAAGAUAGAGAUACUAAUGUCACAUUCGGGAAAGGGAUCUACGACCACUAUGGGAGUUCAGUCAUCUAGAACUUUUAGCAAUACUUCUGCCUUAUCGAGACCAUCUUCUUUUCCUACUAGACCAGUAGUCGGUAAUCAGGGGGCUACUAAGGUUUCAACUAACAACCAGGGGUCUAGAAACAUUUCUCCAGCAGUGAUGGCUGAAAGGAAACAAAAGGGCCUUUGCUUCUGGUGUGGGGUUAAGUAUCACGCAGGUCAUAAGUGCAUGAGGUCUCAACUGUAUCAAGUUUUGUUGGAACCUCAUUCUGACGGGGAGAUUGAGGAGUUUCAGGAGUGUUCUGACAAGUUGGAGGAAAAUGGGGUCGAUGAGGAAGGUCUGACAUCUCCUACCAUUUCGCUUAAUGCUCUUACCGGAAUGCAGGGACACAACACCAUGCGGAUGGCUGCGAAAUUGGGGACUCAUUGGGCUAUCAUUUUAGUUGAUUCAGGUAGUACCCAUAACUUUGUUGAUGCAAAAUUGGUUCACAGGUUAUCGUUACCAGUGAUGCGACAGGAGCAGUUGAGAGUUUCCGUAGCAAAUGGGAGCUGUUUGUUCACUAGGGGUUUGUGCAAAGAGAUUACUUGGGAGGUGCAUAACCAAAGAUUUACAACUGAUUUCAUGGUGUUAGCCUUGAAAGGAUGUGAUAUGGUUUUGGGAGUGCAAUGGCUAUUGACUCUAGGAGACAUUAUGUGGAAUUUUGGAUCCCUCACAAUGCAGUUUAAGGUAGCAGGGGAGUCUUAUGUCCUCCAAGGCAUAGCUCCAGGUUCCCUGGCAGCAGAUAAUAUGGAAUUUAAACCAAGGUGUUUUGCAGCUGUUGGACAAUCAAUGGGUCCUUUUUCAGCAGUGUUGAGCUCGCCUAAACAAAUGGUACUGACUACCAAGGAGAACGAGAACCAUGAGCUUCAUCUUCAAGGGUUGUUAAGGGAGUUUGAUGACAUAUUUCAGGUUCCCAAAGGGUUACCUCCUCGCAGGGUGCACGAUCACAAGAUUCCAUUAAUGAAUGAAGGAGUAGUGGUCAAGAUGCGACCCUACCGAUAUCCAGCAUUUCAAAAGAAUGAAAUGGAGAAGCUUAUUAAAGAAAUGUUACAGGCUGGUAUUAUCCGUGACAGCACCAGUUCUUUUGCCUCUCCCAUUGUUAUGGUCAAGAAGAAGGAUGGGAGUUGGAGAUUAUGUGUGGAUUACAGACAGUUAAACCAACACACUGUCAAAGACAAGUUCCCUUUUCCGGUGAUUAGGAAAGUCGGGGCUGUGGCAUAUACCCUGCAACUUCCACCGCAAUCUCGAAUUCAUCCGACAUUUCAUGUUUCUCAACUAAAGAAACAUGUGGGGACGGUUCCAACACAGGCUCAAUUGCCAUUGAUGGAUGAGCAUGGUGUCUUGCCCAAGGAACCUGUUCGUAUUAUAGACCGAAGGAUAGUUAAGAGGGGAACUCAGGCGAUAACGGAGGUGUUAGUGGAGUGGGCAAAUUCCUUUCCGGAAGAUGCAACAUUGGAGUCUUUCACUACGUUUCAGAGCAAGUUUCCUAAUUUCUAGCCUUGAGGACAAGGCUGUCUCGCAAGGAGGAAGUACUGUUACGAGCUACUUAAUUAGCAGAGAAGUUUGAGCAUAAGUGAAACGGCGAGUUUUGAAAUUAUUUAAACGGAGCGUUUUGGCUACAACAGAAAUGUCCACGUACUAGUUUACAGUUUCUUUAAUAAUUGCAUGUAUUGCAUGGUAGCGUUUUUCAAGGAAAAAUACAGUAACAAAUUAUCUGUUCUCUCUC